GCGUUUUCCUUGGGCCAUCAGUUGCGACCUGCACCUCCUCACGCGCGCAGCCGCCGCGCACAUCAUGCCGAACGGCGUUGCACCUGAUUCGCUCGAUAAUGAGGGGCCACAGCCACAGCGCAUCAUGACAAGCCGCAUGCAAGUUGUGAGGGUGGAUCUAAAGGAGCUCGGCAGCUCAUUCAACAAGAGCGUGAUCAUCGACGUCCCGGUGAGGAUCGAGAUACGCGGGGUUGGGCCUGACACUUCCGCAGAGCGGAGGCAGUUGUACAGAGCGUUGCUUUCGGGCGGCGCUGGAGGCGGCGGAGGCGGCGAGGGACGCGGCGGCGGAGGCGGUGGCGGAGCAGCCAGGCAGCCAGGGGCAGCCAGGAACAGCCAAGAGCAGCCAGAGGAUCGACCAGGAGCAGCCAGGAAAAGCCAGAGGCCAGAGGAUCGGCCAUGCAAGCAGGCGAAGCUGGAGAAAUCGGAUCAGGACCUGCAGGAUCAAGUGCAGGUGGUCCCUUCGUCGCCUGAGCAUCCUGAGCAGGAGGCGGCAGGAUGUGGCGUGGGAGCUCCAGCUGCUGGCAGCGGCGCGGGCCCGCCAGGCUCGUCACCACCGCAACCGCAGUCGACGGCGGGAGUUCAGCUUUGUGGUGCAGGGGCUCAGCCUGCUGAUGACGGUCACCGCACAGUGGUCGACAGGAAGAAGGUUCCUCGCGCGGACCUGGACCUAGGAACUCAGCCUGCGUCUGCUCAUGGCGCCAAGGCUGCUGAGGCUGAGGCUGAGGCGGGAACUCAGUCAGCCGUGCUGCGUCAGCCUCCAGAUAAGGUCGCAACUCAGUUUGCUGGCGCUGUCAGCUUUUCGCACGUGGCCAAGAGCAUGGGCAUCGUCUUGGCGGGCGUCGGGACACGCGGGAAUUGCAUCGACAUCGAGGUCCCCCAGGACACGCAGGAGGAAUAUUAGCCGCUAGUAGUUCCCAGUUCCACAUUCAGCGCUUGUGAGGCACUCAGCACACUCAGCCACAGCCAGUGCACAGAGUAGGUGGGCCACCAUGUACCAGGUAGGCCCUGCCACAGAGCCACAGAGUAGGCCGAUCGGGCCGAGCAGCCGAGCAGCGCUUCGCUAGCCGCUACGCGCGCAGCAAGCGGCUUCUAGGCCCUGAGGCCCUAGGGCCCUAGGGCCCUAUCCAUGUUUUCAUGUGCAUUCGCGUCUCAGUUCUAACUUUAGGGUGUGGGUCAUUGUUGGGUUGGGCUCGUAAGUCGCUCUGUGGGUAACGUCACGUCAUUGAUACCGCAGUGUUCUGCACGAGUGACCUCUCAGCGAACAGCCG